AGCCUAACUGUGUAUAUUCACCAGACCAAGUCACCAACUACUCCAUCUACUGCUAUUCAUCCUACUAAGACCACCAAAUUAACCAUUGAUCAUGACGGAUAAGGCUGACCCGGAAUCGAAGCCCGUGGAGGCACCAUCACCACCUCCUCCUCCGGCCACCGGUAUUAACCUUUCUACGGUGGAUGUGGCUCUUAGGGUUGUAUUAUUCGCUGCAACACUUGUGUCUGUUGUGGUGAUGUCCACUGCCAAGCAAACAGAGUUAGCUUCUGUUCCUGGUGUGCCCGGAGCUAGAGUUAGCCUCGCAGCCAAAUUUAAUCACUCCCCUGCCUUCAUAUACUUUGUUGCAGCAUUGUGUGUGGUUGGACUGUAUAGCAUCAUCACCACUCUCGCAUCAAUUUCAGUCAUCUUGAAGCCAAAUCAUCGGACAAUCUUCUCCUUCUUCUUUGUACUUGGUGAUGUGGUGAUGCUAGGGUUGACAGCCUCCGCUACGGGCACAGCCGGCGGUGUUGCUUAUAUUGGGUUGAAGGGCAACAGUCAUGUUGGAUGGGUCAAGGUGUGCAAUGUGUAUGACACAUUCUGUAAACAUAUAGGGAGUGCAGUUGCAAUUUCAUUGUUUGCAGCUGUUGUGCUCAUUGCGCUUAUUUUGCUCUCUGUUUUCUCCUUCCACACUAAGAUUAGGAAGUAGAGAUGGGUUCUGGGCCACAAACAUGUCAGUGAUUGUGUGAUGUGUGUGUAAUUUUGAAGCUCCUCUCCUUGUGCUGUUGUGGUUUUUUUUGGUGCCUGUUUGGAGGUUUUUCAUCUGUAAAGGUUGUCUAUUCUGUGCAGAAUGUAAGAAUGUUUAUGUAUUGAAUGAUCAUUUGUGUAUUAUGUAGUUGAGCAGAUUGAAUUUUGAAUGGUGAUCUUGUUGUUGGGUUC